CUUUGUAUGAAAAUCGUGACUGAUGCCUCAAGAAAAGUUUACAGAGCAGAGUAGGAAUGAUUUUAUGCUAAAGACUUCGCAUAUAGUAUAUCAGUUUAAAGAUGACAUCAAAGCAGAAAUCUGAGACCUAUUAAAGCUGAGAAUCAUUGAAAAAAGACAUGGAUAAUUAGUCAACAUUAUUUUUUUCAACUUAAAAAGUUUUUUUUUUCAUAAAAAAAUUGUUUUGUAAUAUUUCGAUUGCUUUAAACUAUUUUAUUUUCAAACCUUUAAACUUGUGUUCAAUAUACAAAAAUAAACUGCUUCUACAAUGAAAAAGUUGAAGUUAGACGAAACGACUAAGAACUCCAUACCAAAGCAGCAAUGUUCGCAAAUUCUCCUUUUCUGUACUUUUCUGUUUAGUAUCCUUAAAAGAAUUCAGUAUGGUUUCGAUUAUAUUUUGUGUAGUUCAAUGAAUCAUCUAUGCGGAUUAUGCCUCCUAUUUGAAAAGGAACGGAUUUUUCAAGCGCUUAUUUCGACAAAGACAUUUGUGUUUUUCUUCAAACCGGAAACUAUAGAAGUUGUGUUAAGUAGUAAUACUAAUAUUGAUAAAGCUGCGGCAUAUAACUUUUUGCACCCAUGGCUUGGAACUGGUCUUAUUACUAGCUCUGGUAAAAAGUGGCGUUACAGAAGAAAACUAUUGACCCCGACUUUUCACUUUCGAAUAUUAGAAGAUUUUUUACCUAUAAUUUCCGACCACUCACAUAUUCUUGUCUCACGACUACGUGACCUUGAGAAAGAUUCAUGGAUUGAUAUUGUUCCUUUUAUUUCUUCUUGCACUCUUGAUGUUAUAUGUGAGACUGCUAUGGGUGUAAGAAUUAAUGCCCAAAUGGGUGAAAGCAAAGAAUAUGUUAAUGCAAUUCAUGAAAUUGGGGCUAUAUUCUUAGUCCGCAUCUUAAAGCCUUGGCUUUAUCCAGAUUUCAUAUUUAGAAUAACUUCAUCCGGUAGACAAUUCUAUAAAAACGUAGAUCUUGUGCAUAGCUUCACAAAAAAAGUUAUAAAUAAGAAGAAGUCAGAAAUGAUAGAAAAUAAUAAACUAUUAAAAAACAUUACCAAUGACGGCAUCUCAAAUGCAAAACGUCAUAGAGCUUUUCUGGAAUUGCUAUUAGAGCAUCACAUUAAAGAUCCAUCGUUUACGGAAGAAGACAUUAGAGAAGAAGUUGAUAAUUUUAUGUUUGCUGGUUAUGAUACAACAGCUAUGUCAAUUUCUUGGACAUUAUAUUUAGUUGGAUUAGAUAGACACGUGCAGAUUAAAAUACAAGAAGAAUUGGAUGAAAUAUUUGAGGGUGAUAACGAAAGAGAAAUUGAACGUAAUGACUUAUCGCGUAUGAAGUACUUGGAGUGUGUCAUCAAGGAAACUCUUAGAUUAUAUCCUUCAGCGCCUUUCAUAGCUAGAGAAGUUAAAGAAAACUUCAAAGUGUUGGACUACGAAGUCGAAAAGGGGAGCGCUUGCUUUAUCUUUCCACUUAUGCUUCAUAGAGAUCCUAAAACAUUUCCAGAUCCAGAAAAAUUUGACCCAGCAAGGUUUUUUCCUGAGAAUGUAGCAGGAAGACAUCCAUAUGCCUAUGUGCCUUUCUCAGCCGGGCCAAGGAAUUGUAUAGGUCAAAAAUUUGCUAUGAUGGAAGUCAAGACUGUGCUCACAAAUGUAUUUCGCAAUUUUGAAGUUACAUCCAAGGACCCCAGAGACAAAGUUAAUGUUACUCCUAAUCUCAUCUCUCGAAAUCUGGAUCCCCUCAUGCUACGAUUUACACCUCGAAAAGCAAGAUGAAUUUCAGUAAAGAUUAAAAUAAUUAUAGCUUAACAAUACUUUUAAACAUCAGUAAAUAAUAUAAUUAUGUUGUGUUAAGCUGAUUUGAGAUUGUAGUGAUGUUUAAUAAAAUGAAUUAGUAAGAAGUCA